AGCUCUUACUCGGUGAAUGGCUCGGUGAAUCCUCCAUUUUCGUUAUGUUCCCACUUCGCCCCCACUCCUCUCUUCGCCCCGUCCAUCUCUCGGCGCUGUUUCGCGACGGCGACUUCGCCGUCCUCCUUGCUGUCGGCGUUAGACACUUUCCAGGACCGUCACGUUGGCCCGGACGGCAGCGAGGUCAAGCAUAUGCUGUCUGCCCUUGGAUAUGAGUCCAUGGAUGCUUUCGUGGAUGCUACCGUGCCGUCGAAGAUCAGAGUCGCGUCGUCUUCUGUGAGCAACGACAGCAUCGCCGCUCUGAGCGAGUCGGAGCUCUACAAGCGGGCGAGGGAGCUUGCGAAGGCGAACAAACCGUUCAAGAGCUACAUCGGUAUGGGCUACCACAAUGCUGUUGUACCGCCCGUCAUUCUCCGUAAUAUCAUGGAGAGUCCCGCUUGGUAUACCCCGUAUACCCCGUACCAGCCUGAGAUCGCACAAGGUCGCCUGGAGUCACUCGUGAACUACCAGACGAUGAUCAUGUCAUUGACGGCUAUGGACAUCGCGAACGCUUCGUUGCUCGACGAAGCGACUGCUGCAGCAGAAGGAAUGGUCAUGGCUUUUGCGUCCACGAAUCAGAAGAAGCGCGUCUUCCUCGUCGACAAGGGUGUUCUUCCUCAGACAAUGGCUGUUCUGCAAACUCGUGCCAAAGGCUUCGGUAUUCAACUGGUCGUCGGUGACGUCUUCUCACUUGCCAAGGACAACUCGACCGAAAUUUGCGGCGCCUUGGUUCAGUACCCGGACGUCAACGGAAGUGUCUUCGAGUACGGUCAACUCGCCGAAACGAUUCAUAAGGCUGGAGGGCUUGUCGUGUGUGCCACGGACCUGUUGGCAUUGACCAUGCUCAAACCGCCGGGCGAGUGGGGCGCAGACAUCGUUCUCGGUAACUCCGCGCGGUUCGGUGUACCCGCAGGUUAUGGUGGCCCACACGGUGCAUUCUUCUCGUGCACGGACAAGUUGAAGCGCAAGAUGCCCGGCCGUCUGAUCGGCAGGAGCAAGGACGUCUAUGGCAAACCCGCGUACAGAUUGGCUCUGCAGACCCGUGAACAACACAUUCGACGAGAGAAGGCAACUAGCAACAUUUGCACGGCGCAGGCUCUACUUGCGAACAUGGCUGCGAUGUAUGCUGUCUACCACGGCCCGGUUGGCCUAAGGCGCAUCGCGGAGAAGGUCCACACCCUAACAUCCAUCUUGAAGUCGGAAGUCGAGGCACUUGGCUACAAGGCGAUUAACCCGAGCUUCUUUGACACGCUCACUUUUGAAGUCAACAGCGCCGCGCCUCAUGCGGAGACCGUCCAUGACGUAGCCGCGAAGUUGAACGUCAACCUGCGAAGGAUUGAUGAGAAGCACGUCGGCGUCACCCUGGACGAGAGUGUGUCCAAGGAGGACGUCGAAACGCUGGUUCAGGUCUUCGCGUCUGCUGCCUCGAAGGAGCGCAGCUCGGUGACGGCUCCGGGGUCCUCAGCUAUCCCUCAGACCCUCCAACGCACGUCGGAAUACCUCCCGCACCCCGUCUUCAACACGCACCACUCCGAGACUGAGAUGCUCCGGUACAUCUACCACCUCCAGUCGAAGGACCUCGGGCUCGUGCACGCGAUGAUCCCGCUCGGCAGCUGCACCAUGAAGCUCAACAGCACGAGCAGCAUGAUCCCGCUGACCUGGCCCGAGUUCUGCAACGUCCAUCCGUUUGCGCCGACAGAUCAAGUCAAGGGCUACGUCGAGAUGAUCAAGGAACUGGAGUCGGAUUUGUGCAAGAUCACCGGCUUCCACGCCUGCUCCGUGCAGCCUAACUCUGGUGCUGCGGGCGAGUAUGCGGGUCUCUCCGUCAUCAAGGCGUACCACGAGUCUCGUGAUGAGGGCCACAGAGAUAUCUGCCUGAUCCCUGUCAGUGCACAUGGAACCAACCCCGCAUCAGCUGUCAUGGCUGGUCUGAAGGUUGUCCCUGUCAAGACACACCCAGACGGUAAUCUUGACCUCGAGGACCUCCGUGCUAAGGCGGAGAAGCACAAGGACAACCUCGCCGCCUUCAUGAUCACAUACCCUUCGACGUUCGGCGUCUUCGAGGACGGUGUCCAGGAUGCUUGCAAGAUCAUUCACGAGAACGGCGGUCAAGUGUACCUGGAUGGUGCGAAUCUGAAUGCGCAGAUUGGCUUGACCAACCCCGCGACAUGCGGCGGCGACGUCUGCCACAUGAACCUUCAUAAGACGUUUGCGAUUCCCCAUGGUGGCGGUGGCCCCGGAGUCGGACCCAUUUGUGUAGCAGAGCACCUCGCACCCUUCCUCCCCUCCCACCCGAUUGUACCUACUGGCGGUGACAAAGGCAUCAGCGCCGUCGCCGCUGCGCCGUACGGCAGCGCGUCCAUCCUCCUCAUCUCCUGGGCAUACAUCAAGAUGCUCGGCGGCCACGGCCUCUCAGCCGCCUCCGCUGUCGCUCUGCUGAACGCGAAUUACAUGGCUCAUCGCCUCUCGGGACAUUACACCCUGCGCUACAAGAACGGGAACGGCCGUGUUGCCCACGAGUUGCUCAUCGACCUCGCCGAUUUUGAAAAGGCUGCCGGGCUGAAGGUCACCGACUUCGCGAAGCGUCUGCAGGACUACGGCUUUCACCCGCCCACUUGCUCCUGGCCCAUCUCUACCUGCAUGCUGAUUGAGCCUACCGAAUCUGAACCAUUGGAGGAGAUUGACAGAUUCUGCGACGCGAUGAUUCAGAUCCGUAAAGAGGCAGAGGAUAUCAUUACGGGAAAACAGCCGAAGGACAGCAACGUCCUGAAGAACGCCCCACACCCGGUCUCCGUUAUUGCUUUGCCUGACGACCAAUGGAACCGACCCUACUCGAGACAAACGGCCGCCUUCCCAAUGCCAUGGCUGAUGGAAAGGAAGUUCUGGCCGACAGUCUCUCGCAUCGAUGACGCCUAUGGCGACCUGAACCUCAUUGUGAGUCUGCUCCGAAUGUACCAAGGGGCAUCACUGACGCUUUGCCUUGCAGUGUGACUGUCCUUCCGUGGAAGAAACAGCUGCACAUUAGAUACUACUUCAUGACACACAUAGACAUGCCUGGGGUGCAUCACUCUACUGAUACUCCUAGACG